CAUUUUAUCGUUCAUUUCUUGUUCCUAAAUCCAUUUAUGAACUGGUUAACUGGUUUUUUCAGCGUCACUAGUUCGUGUACAAAACCAUUUGGAACCCAAGUCUUUUUUUCGGUCAUUCACGAACGACACACAGCCACUGCCAUCCUACUCUGUGCUGACUUUUGACAAUUUGUUAGUUAUGAAUGUGUCAAAAUUAUCAAUGCAAAGAUAAAGUAGGUACCUACCUACAAUGAAAUGAUAUUUCCUUCGCAACAAACAAAAACAAUAAUAUUAUCGUAGUUUCUCUUUGAAAUGGAAUAUAUCGUAAAGGAAUUAGAUAUAAGUAGUAAAAAUGUUACAACCACGUCAACACCUGGAGUUUAUGCAGUCACUGUCCAUACACGUUGGAUUAAACAGUGGUUAAAUAUCGAAAAUGAAAACUUUUCAAAUGUUUCUUAUGUUUCGCAACCCGAUGAAAGUACGCAUCAACAGUUCAGAAGAAUGUUCAUUAAAGUUAUACGUAAAAAAUCAUCUAAAGUACUACCUCUACCCCGCUAUAAGUUGAACGAAAACACUUCAGAAACUCCACUGACAUUCUCACAAUUACUCCAGUAUGUAUCACAGAGCAACCAGAGAAGCCUCUGGAAAGAAUCUUAUAAAAAGUAUUCACAAAAUACAGAUAGUAGCAGGACAGAGAAUUUAACUGUUAAUUUAAUCGAGCACGAUCAGCUAACAUCUGAGAUACUAUUUAGACUGUACUGUUGCAACUUAAUCAAGAUCAAAGAUUUUAGUUACGAAGAAAUUAUACCCAGUAUGAUAGUUCUAAAACCUCAUGAGACACAUAAUAAUCUGUUGGCUGCUAUGUUUAUAUUUGAAACAAGUAAUAACUUCUUUAUAGUUUAUAGAGGUAGCUAUGAGAACAAUCUAUUAGAUUGUUUGAAUUAUACUCCCAAUUUAAUUGACAAAAAUUAUGGAAGAGGAUUAUUUGUCAUUUAUCAGUUGUUGAACUUGGCAAAGGCCAUGAGCGACAGAGGCCUAAGCUUGGGAGCUUUGACAUUGCAAGAUAUUUACUUAUCGGAAAACUUAUGGCUACAAGUUGUACCCAUGAUUGUGAACAAUAUCCAUUGCCUCGAUCCUACUGACAUAUAUGAACAGAGUAAAAGAAGAACUCAGUUGAAUCAAGUUACUUUACCAAACUCAGAGACUUCGCAGUCCAAUGAUGAGUGUUCUUGGCGUAAAAACGCAGUUAAAUUGGAGAAGAUUUGUAUGCUAUGGCUAAAUGGUAUGAUAUCAAAUUUGGAUUACUUGAAACACCUCAAUGUGCUGGCUGGAAGAAGUCCUAGUGAUCCACAAACGCAUUUCAUGGUUCCUUGGGUAACUGAUUUUUCAUCUAGAUGUGGUCGAAAUUGGCGUGAUCUUACUAAAUCAAAAUACCGCCUAAACAAAGGUGACCAUCAGCUGGACAUGACAUAUGACGUCACGAGCUCAGCUGAUCAAAUUCCGCAUCAUGUGUCAGACGCAUUAUCUGAUAUCACUUGUUAUGUAUACUUGGCUCGUAGGACUCCUAAAGAGGUAUUAUGUAAAUAUGUACGCAACAAAUGGGUGCCAGCCGAAUAUCCUGCUUCGAUACAACGAAUGCAAGAAUGGACCCCUGACGAGUGCAUACCGGAGUUCUACACUGAUCCGACCGUGUUCAAAAGUAUACAUGAAGAUUUACCGGAUUUAGACAUACCAUCAUGGGCUUCGUGCGUUGAGGACUUUAUAACUAAACAUCGAGAGGCCUUGGAGAGCACCCACGUGUCGGAGAACCUGCACCAUUGGAUAGACAUCGCUUUUGGUUACAAGUUGUCAGGUCAAGCGUCUGUCAAAGCAAAGAACGUUUGCCUGUCCCUAGUGGACGGGCACACGCGGCUGCGGCGCGGCGGGACCGUGCAGCUGUUCACGGCGCCGCACCCGCCCCGCGCGCCCCGCGCCGCGCCCCCCGCGCCGCCCGCGCUGCACUGGACCCUGCCGAGGGACGCUAAGAAAUCAGUUAAAAACGAGAGCUCUGAUGAGGUCUCCGAGGAUGAGGAGGAGCCGGCCGGCGUCCCCCAACACGUGUCUUGUCUGCACGUGCCUCCGCAACGUCACAGAUCCCGACACAAGGGCAGCAGUCGCGCGCGCUCCCUCUCCAAAACUCCCAUCACCGACGAUUCCCAACAAGUCACCGAGAGUAGGGCCUCCUCCCAUUCGAGGCACUACAGGGUCCAAAGAUCGGAAAUGGGAAAAGGCGUUAUUUAUUUACCGAAAGAAUUUAACCCGGUCGCUUCAAUACAGGCCCUGGAAGCAUUGGAUAACUUCAAAACGAAAUGCUUUUUCAGCAAAGCGAACGAAAAGGACGAAAAAGAAAAUCUCGAUUCAUUCAAGUCCCAACAGGACGGUAAAGCAAAGGGAUCCGCCAUUAAAAACUCGGAGCGAAACGAUGAUAAUUCGUUUACUAAUCGCAUGUUUCUCGGCUCGUACGAUUAUAUAAAGAAAUUAAAUCACGACACGCAUUUAGAAUCGAUUUUUAAGAAGAGAAAGAAUCGUUCGUUCGUCACUAGGUACACGACGGACGCCGCGAUCUACAAGCAGUUCAUAACUGAAAAUCGCAAACAAGACAUGCUCGUUAUCGGUUGUCUCAUCGUCGAGAUAUUCCUGCACGCGCAGAUGCGUCCGCUCAGGAUGUUCCACGAAGAUUUUAUCGAUAGAUACAAAUGCUGCAGGACCGUAUUCAAAUACAAUUUUAACGCGUUACCUAAAUGCGUGACUUACAUGGCCUCCCUGCUCCUCGACGUACAGCAACCGAGCUUAAGUUUCAAGGACGGAUUGUGUGUACGAGACGAGCUAUUUAAAAAGAACCCCGUCACCGACAAAGGUCUUCCCUUUCCGACCCCAGCGCAAACGUUGCAGCCGUUGCUGGCCCAACACUUGAUCCCGUUCCCUCAGAGUUUCACAGUAUUGUACAAGCUACUGAGCGCUUUACACGAAUAUGAGUUAACUAGUAACGAAUUGAACAUACUUUCGUGUUACGUAUGCGAUGGAAUUCAGUGUGAUAAAUAUCAGAACAUCGACAAGGCGAAGACGUUUUUCGCACAGCAGAUCGCCGAAGGGAAGAUAAUGGCGUGCGUCACACAUUUAGACGUUCUUCUAAAUCAGAUCGAGAGGAACACUCAAUUCGAUGUCAUGGACAUAUUCCUGGCACACUAUGUCGAAUUACUGCAGAAUAAGGAAACUUCGGUGCUGGCAGCUUGGUAUUUGUUUGACAUUGUCAGCAAGGCUCUGGGACCGAACGAGACACGAAAGAAGUUGAUGAAAUACAUCCUCAAUUUGUAUGAAGAUGAUGAUUUUAUCGUAGACCGGCCGGAACAGCACAAGCUGACUGACGCCGACGACACAACCGCGACGGCACUCACAAACAAACAGAAACUUGUUAAAUUAUAUCAUCACAUCUUUUUGCUACAAUUAAUGGUCAGGUUGGGCCUCCAAUGUUUCCUGGACAACUUCACGCAGCAUUUAGUCGAAGCCGUCGGUGGUUACAAAGAUGUGUCCAGUGAAAUAAAUUCACCGGGACAUUUGAAUCACAAACGUGCAAUGGCUAACAAGAAGCCGAGGUACUCUGACGAUAAUCUAAAAAGCGCUUUGUCGACCGCCACUGACAUAUUCUCACCGGACACCUCGUAUGGAUCUGAGAAUAUUACUACUCCUAUCGUUGAGAAGGCCAUAGAAGUGAACAAUAGCAAAGAGAAGGACAUUGAUAAUCGCAGUGAAAACGAAUUGUUCCACUUCGAGAGUGACAAGGACAGACCGAGCACAAACUGCCGGAGCAAGUCCCCCACAGAAUCGAUUGACUCGUAUGGUUCCAACGUCCAGGAGGCUCACACUCCUUCGCCAUCGAGAGAUCGCAUAUCCCCGAGUACUACAAAAUAUUUGACUCCUAACGCAAAAGAUCACAGUGUUAUUAUCACGAACGAAGAUAACAUUGAUGCGUCGGUCGCCAAGAAACCAACAUCUCCCACGAUAGACAUACCGACAAAAUCAAUGUUCACUAGCUACUUGCGCUUCGCGGAGGAGAAUCCUUCAGAAGUCGAGGUGCGGAGGGAGUCUCAUUCGCGGCAAGUGAAGAGUCUAGAGUUCUCGAAGAACACAGACGUUCAGAAUAUGGAAACCUUUAAUUUCUGCGAAGACAAUAUGAGAUUCAAAGAGAACAGUUCAUGUAAAAUAUCGGAUAUGAGCUCGGAGAGUCUGAUCUGGCUGGCCCACAGGCUCGGUCCAGUGCUCACUUGCAGGUACAUAACGAGGAAUUUACUUAAAAUGCUGACGCUGUGCUAUAUUGGGAAAGAUAACUUAGUUCCGUGGGAAGGAGACGAGAGAGAUGACUUCGAUGAUAUAUCAAUAGUGAACAGCAGAGUCGUGGGCGAUAAGAGUGCCGUGAAAGUAAUAAAUUGUCUUACUUCCAUCGUCGCUAUGUAUGGGGAACAAUUAAUAAUUUUUCAAUAUUUGCCGCACAUGGGCGAGCUGAUAGCGUCUUGUAGGAGGAGGCUGUCCGCCCCGCUAGAGGGCGGGGUGGUCGCAUGCUUGCAAUUGGUCAAAUAUUUGGUGCCUUACAUGUCCGAUGUCAAGAUCAUGGAGCAACUGCAGGACACUUUUUUGAAAAUAAUCCUCCAGCCGGCCCUCCGCCUGUCGUCGACGUCUCGAUGCGCGUACCCCAAUGGCGCGGUGGCGCGGCGCGCGGUCUGCCGGAAGCUGGUCUCCGCGCUGCACGUGCUGGCGCUGAGGGUGGGGCCGGAGAUGACGAGGAGACACCUGUGCGUGCCGGCCUUGCAGAGAUUUUUCUUAGCGUUCGACAAAGCUACUGGUAAGAUCGAUAACUGGCCGAAGCAAGACGACCUGUAUCCUGAGGCUACACAAGACCCUGACGGUCAAGACCCGAAGGAAGGUUUCCUGGAGAUAUGUCGUGAUGGCACGACGGCGGAGUGGCGCGUGCAGGACGGGCGCGUGGUGCGGGCCGACCUGCCCGACCGUCCCGAUCUGGCCUGCACGCCGCCCAGGGUCACCGCGCAGCCAGACUCAGGGACGCUUACCGCCCAAGAGGAAUUACUAAUGGUAUUCGACGAAGAGUUGGCUCACAAAACCUACACGAGCUUCACGCGUCUGGUCGGCACGGAGACCAUGGAACGCUGCCUCAAAAACUUGGACACCGUGAAAGGUUUAUGCAGAAAAUACGAACAGAAUCAUUCGAUAAGCUCCCCCCUUCAGAUAGCGCGUGCAGACAAGCGCGUCCAGUCCUCGUAUAGCGACGAGCCGCUGUGUCGCCGGGCCGGCGCGACGCCCAGCCGCCCGCACGACGCGCCCGCGGACCACAUCUCCAGCUCGAACAGCUUCGGUUCCAACGUCACCCUGGUCGGGAAUCGAAUAGACGUUGCCAGCGACGCGGGAACGGAACUCGCCGGACAAGGGGAGGGCUUCGACGUGGUCUCGUACAAAAUGGACAACGGUGUUAAAAGCGAAAGACAUUUACGUGGCGACUGGCUGAUCUAUUGGGAACAUGAAAUAGGCCGUGCCGAUAAGGACACAGGGUUCAAUUUAAAACAGAUCAAACUACAGACGUUCGCGGGGCACACGCAUUCGGUCAAGUCGAUACAUUGCCUCGACAACGAGCACAGCUUCAUGAGCGGAUCGAAGGAUAAAACGGUCAAGCUCUGGUCUCUGAGGAAUCAGGGCGACGGCAACGCCACAACGCAGUGCAACUGGACGUACACGGGGCACAAGAAGGGCGUUCUGUCUCUUUCGUUCAUAGAGUCGCAGCGUCUAGCCGUCUCAACCGACUCCGUUGUGCACAUAUGGGACCCGUUCAUGGAGAGUGUUGUUUCACAGCUGGACAGCAUCAAGAGUCCCGUGAGCAUAGUUCGUGCGCUGCCGGGUGCCUCCUCGACCGUGGUGGCCGCCACCAACGACGCCACCGUCAGGGUCAUAGACGCACGCGACCCCAACCACUCCUACGAGCUUAAGCUGUGGUCCGGCGGCAGCACGUACAUCCGCUGCAUGUGCGCGUGGGACGCGCGCUGGGUGGCGUGCGGGCUCGCCAGCGGACACGUGGCCGUGCUGGAGCUGCGCACCGGCCUGCCGCUCGCCGCCUGGAAGCCGCACGACGGAGAGGUGCUGCGUCUGGCUGCAGUAGACCAGCACAGGCUGCUCAGCUCCGGGCUGGACCAAGUGACUGCCUUGUGGAAGCCGGACGAUGGAGAACUCAUCUCAUAUUUGAAAGGGAGCCCGGAGCCGGUGCACUGCCUAUCCGUGCACAACGAGGAGCUCAUAUCCGGAACCACCAACAACCGGAUCGGAGUGCACACCUCGCUGCAGCAGGACGCCGGCUUCUCCAGCACUAAGCUGCGCUCGGACACCUUCAAGGGGGUCCUCACCUGCAUGUCCGUGCUGCCGAUGAACAGACUGCUGCUCUUGGGAAGCGACAACGGAACGAUAAGUCUGCUGUGCUGAUUGAACACAACACAUUUACCGGUGGUAGGACCUCUUGUGAGUCCGCACGGGUAGGUACCACCACCCCGCCUAUUUCUGCCGUGAAGCAGUAAUGCGUUUCGGUUUGAAGGGUGGGGCAGCCGUUGUAACUAUACUUGAGACCUUAGAACUUAUAUCUCAUGGUGGGUGGCGCAUUUACGUUGUAGCUGUCUAUGGGCUCCAGUAACCACUAAACACCAGGCGGGCUGUGAGCUCGUCCGCCCCUCUAAGCAAUAAAACAAAAUCUUUCCAUUUUGUUAUAGAGCACAAUUGAAGUCGCCAGUAAUUGAAGACAUGAGUGGAUGAAGGUUAUAUAAUGCAAUUCGUUUUUGAGAAAACUAGCAUCAAACUUUUGUUACUUAUACUUUUUUUUCGGACAUAACUCCUUCAUUACAUGCGAUUUCUAAAAAUAGCCUCUAAACCCGGAGUUUUAAGGCCUAAUAUUUUUUUUUUUUUUUUUAAAUGGUACUUAACCCCUUCAUCCACUCAUGUCUUCAAUUAUUCUAUGAAUGCGAUAUAUAUGGUAUACUACAGUUAAUGCGACUUUAAAAAGAAUCGCAGUCAUUCCAUUAAUUAAAAGUCAACGUUUACAAUUAGAACUAUUUUAUUAACGCGCAAUCGAUCUCACCAUAAAAAUAUUUUAUAUUCGAUUAUUUUAAUAAGAAAUCUUAAAAUUGUUAAUGUUAUGUCAUUAGACUUACUAUUUGAAUAUUUUUAAACUAUUAUUCGUUUCCCUGAGUAAACUGAAGCAAACCGAGCGAGGUCGUUGACCUUUGAUUUCUGUUCGUGGUACAUUGCGUGCAGUGUUUGAAAUCAACAUCGAUCAUAAUUUUAUCAUAAUAUUAAUGUAGUAUUAGGCAUCACAAGUAUUGGUCCGUCUUCGCGAUCGUUAAUCGGUAUUUGUCGUUUUGGUAUUUUUCGGUCCGGUGUCGUAGUUACGGUCCGCGCGUGACCGCACGAUUCGACUGAACGAUCUGACCCAGAUAACCCCCAAGGGAAAACAGAUUGGCCUUGGAUCCCGCGAUUCCACAGAUAAAUUAAUCACAGAGAAAACAUUCAACACAAUACAAAAUUGUCAUGUCAAUGUCAUGUAAUAUCAUCAUCGUCAUCUCAGCCUAAAGCUGCCCACUGCUGAAUAUGGCCUCUCCAAUAUUAUUUUAUUGAGAAAUACAUUAAGUCAUGUAAAGCGUUGUAAAAUAUUUAUUUGUCAAAGCAAUAUCCAGCACUGGUUCCAAGAAAAGCCUCAGUCAAGACAAUAGUUGGGGAGACUAACUCAAACGGCAACAAUCUAUUACAGUAUUAUACAUAAUUAAAGUACAAAAUAGAACCACAGAAUCGGAGCUACGAGAUCGCAUCUAUAACUUCCAUUAUAAUAAAUGUUCUUGUAUAAAAAUGUCAAUAAAGAUUACUUAAUUUAUUAAAUAAUAUAUUCAAGUAAAUAUAUGAUUAUUAAAUAUAAACAAAUAGUAAUAAAAAUUUAUAUAAUCGUUUAAUUUUAUAAAUCUCUAAAUGGCAACAAAUCUGUGUAUAUCAAAUGUACCAAAGAUUAGUAGAAUUUCAAAUGCGUGUACUAACUAAGCAAGUACCUAUCAAAUAAAUAGAACAAUACAACAACAAAGCAGCUGUGAGCAAGCCGACGUGUUCUUUUGUUGAAAAAAAAAAGUCAUUAAUAUUCUUACUACAUAAUUUUAAACUAAUUAUAAUUAAAUUUUAAAACGGCAACCCUGUGAAGUUUAAAGUUUUCAUAUAGAAUUAAUUACUUCAUCACUUGAUAGUAUGUACAGAAAAGUAUUAUAAAAUAUAAUUUAAUUUUUUGACACUUAUUUCUAUGUCGGACACCGUACUUCCGUUCACUAAAACAAACACUUUGAUUAAACAAUUAUCACAAGGCUAAGUAUUUUUAGGGUUUUCGCGUGUUGUAAAAAUAAUUAAAAUUAUUUUUUGGGUUCAAUUACGCUUUUUUUUACACUUUUCUUGGUCACGAAUGACACGACUAAAAUCCGUAAAAAUAGUUUUAAGGAUUACAAAAUUAGAUUCUAAAUACAUAAUAACAGUAUAUGAACAAAUACUUUUUAAGUAAUUACGAAGAAGCAAGAACUGCGAUUUAUUUAUUUAAAAAAAUAUGUAGCUGUUGAAAAUGUUUUAACAUCAUUGAAAUCAAAUAAAAGUAAAUAAAACCUUUUUUUAAGAACUAUUUAGACUUUUUUGUUAAUUAUUGAAAAUUUCUAUAAAUCAUUCCAAUCUUUAGUUAAAAUAGAGCUAUAACAUAUAAACAUAAUAAUAUGCAUAAUAACAAUGUUUUCAUUGUAUUAUUUUAGUGAAAAUAACACAAUACAACUUAUAAGUACAAUUUAACCUUUUCAUUAUGGUGUAAAUCUAUUUUAUUAUAUUUUAAUAAAAUGUUAGUUUCUUAGGUAAUUUAGCAGAAUGAAAAUUUUGAUAAAAAUGGUGGCUUAUUUUUUUACACAACUCAAUUAUUGUUAUCUGGAAUUUAUUUUUUUGGAAUAAAAAUGAUAUUUAAAUUUGCAACAUUCCUUAAGGUGCCCUCUAUUAUUUAGAAUAGUCUAAUGAAGUUUUUUAUAUGAGUGAGCUUAUUUACUCACUGCAAAAUUGUCCGAGACAGUUUCUGCUUAGCAUUUGAAACAAAAAUAUCCUGCAAAAUUAUUUGGAAGCGGAAAUUUUUAUAUAUUUUUAAACUCUCGAAUUGUAUAUCUAAAUUCCAUAUCUGUUGCUCAUGUAACUCUGAAAAAUUGCAUUUUGAAGGUUCUUCCUUUGUUGCCUUCUAUUCCUAUGAUACAAUUUCAUUAGCCAUCACAAAAUUGUAAUAAUCAUUUGUUUAUUAAAUAUGCAGUCUGGUUUCCUGUUGGUGCCAAACUUUAUAGGAGAAGAUAAAUAACGUCUUAAAAUAAGCGUGGGUGUUUAUAUCACUAUGUAGUAUCACAUUAGAUAUAGUGGAUAAGACAGUUAAUGUACCUACAUAUUAAUGUAAUAAGGGAUGUAAGACGUGUAAAUUUUGUAAUAAAUGUUUUUAGAAGAAGAAAAAA